GGAAGGAUCCAAACCACAGGAUCUGAAACAAUCUUGGAUAUGGACCUGGAAGACCAUCAGAUCAUGGAGAAUGGAAAAAUAGAGGGUACAGGUAAUGACAUAGAUGCUGUAGACCUUCAGUUGCAGGCAAUGUGGGUGGAGCUAAAAUCUGGAGUUGGAAGCAUGGUCGAAGAUUUCGCCACCCUACGGCAAACCUACAGCCGACUGGAGGACAGGGUCUCCACCUAUCAGCAAGAAACUAAUGACAAGAUCCUGUCUCUCAGAAACACACUUAACACAUUACAGGAAGACAUAAGUACAGUUCAAACGCAGCUCUCUGAGGUCCGGAGCAACCAAAAAGACCAACAGAGGGACCUGGACCUCAUGCAGAGCACACAACACAGGAAAGGCUCAAGGGGGGAGGGGUCAAUGGAUGGCCACGCCUCUUCAAACAGCCAAACAGAACUCAAUCUCAUUCAGCAUUACAUCAGUAGCCUGUCAGCCAAUCCGAACUCUUAUCCUGAGCAUGACGGGCAAAAAAAGUCUCCAAUUUGGAGGGAGAAAAAAAACAGCCGAGAUCUGAAAGAACAAAACAACUCUGCUAUAACUCAGAGGCAGGCGGCAGCGCUGGAGCUUUUGGAGUCUGAAAGAGUGUAUGUAUCCUAUCUCUCACUCCUGUUAAAGGCCAACAUCAGUUUUAACGGCUCAGAGAACCUCAACGUCAAAGAUAAACGGCCUUUCCCUCCCUCUCUGCGUUUCUUGAUUCAGCAGCAUCUGGAGCUCCUGCACGUCCUCCAGGAGAGGGUUCUUAAGAGCCACUGGCAAGGCAUCAUGGGAGAUGUAUUUUUAAGGCUCACCAGCAAAGAAAGUGAUUUUCUGGACCAUUACGUAUCGUAUCUACGGGACUUGCCAGAAUGUUUGACGGUUGUAAGUCUGUUUUCCUCUUCAAAAUCAGGCAGCUUACUGGAGAGUGACAUCGCAGGGGAUGAGACACGUCCAUCGCUGCACUCUCUGCUUUUACAGCCUGUCCAACGUAUCCCAGAAUACCAUACACACCUGCAGAGUCUUCUGCAGCAGACAGAGUCAGAGCAUCCAGACUAUUACCUGUUACUUGUGUCUGUGCAACAACUCCGAUCUUUCAUGACCCAGUACAGCCAUUUACUACAGCUCAACCAGGAGCUUCUGCAUGACCACAGUCAUGCCCUGCGUGAACACACACACAACCUGUGUACACACCAACAGGAGCGCCCCUCACACACCCGAAAAGAGCUAAGCAGGUCUACAGUGAGACAGCUGUAUAAAGUCGACUAUGAGAAAAAUUACAGCAGUAACAGUGCACAAAAAGAUCCCUCUCGACGUAACAGACGCUACCCUGACUAUGAAGCGACGCCCUAUCACUAUGAUCCAGAAAUCCCGUCCCCUGUCUCCUUCCUGUCCGACUCUGACUCUCGCCACAAAGCUGUCUCAGUUCCUCUGCGCAGCAUCCCAGAGACGGAAGGAGCAGGAUCUGCCCCCACUGACGCUCUGGGUGCACUCUUUCCCUACGGAACCGGAGACUACCGCUGCUCAAGCCCAUCUCAUUCCUCGGACUCCAGCAUUGAUAUUGCCUUUGUGCACUGUAGUCCUUCCAAUAGUCCACCUCCACAAUCCCACAGUAGGGGGCGAAGUGCUGGGGGUGUGGUUUAUAGGCCCAACAGGGCCUGUGUGUCACCUGACUCUGCAGAUAUUGUGAGACCACACCCUCUACAGGCAGUGCAGAGAAAGAGCAAAUCGCUGAAUGGCCUGCAAAUGGACAGUAUUGAUAGCCACACCCACCAGACAAAAAAUCCUGCCCAUCCGAGGCUAGAGCGUCAGUCAAGUGGCAAAUCAAGACUGAGAUCCAGCAGCCCAAAGCACAGAUUCGAGACACACACCGACACAGAGGAGCAGCCAAGACUAAUAAAUCAAAAGGAUCCUAGAAGCCUGGUGUGGGAGGAGCUCAAUUUGAGGGGUGUGUCUGACGACUAUGACCACACCCCCCUGAGUGAACGUGGUCGGAAAGAAGGAAAAGGAUUUAGGAACUCCUUCAAAAAACUUUUUAAGAAGAAGUCUAGUGGUGAUGGAAAGGAGAAGACAACAGUAAAAGCUGAUUGUCUGAGCAGUGGAGAUCUGGAGUCCACCAAAGCCCCUCAUGCAGGAUUCAUUGACAGAGGAACUGCUGUUUAAACAGAGGUUAAAACUAGAGGUUCUCAACUGGUUUCAGGACAGAUUUUACAAUGAACAUCAAGGGGUGACCCAACACACUUUUUGGUUUUUAGUGUUUGGUCUCUAAAUAUCUCUUGAAUGUUGAUUUUUUUCAUGCUUUCGGUAACCAGCAAUUGUGGUUGGCACAAUUGUUUUUCUAGUUGCAAGUGAACCUUUGUUUUUAUGUGGGUUUCUUUUGUGGUUUAUCACACACAAGUCGUUCAAAUGACAGGUAAAUUUCCAUCAAAAUACUGAAUACCUUGUGUUUUCUGGAGGGAUUUUAGGAUUGUUAGAAUAGACCUGCUAGGCUAUGGCACAUUUUUUUUAGUCACAACACCAGUUGAGAACCACUGUAUUUCUCACAAACACACUAAAAAAAACAAAAUGAGCCCGAGCUCAAGCUGCUUCAUAGCAUCAUUAAACAUUUCUGACAUAGCACACGAAACAUUUUGCAUGAUAAAUCCAUUUUCAAUAUAAUUUUGGUCAGAUUUUUGAGGAAUAAAGACCAUUUUGCAUUGUUGACGCAAAUAUAUUCUCAAACAUAUAAACAUGGGUUUUUGCUGGGCUGCGCUGACAAGAUGUAAAACUAUAUGGGAUAAAAUGACAAAUUAUAUUAAUAACUCUUAUUUAACUUAAUUACAAUAUUUACUCAUAAAUAAAAAUGUUAUAAAUACAUGUUGUAUACUUAAAAAAAAGUCACAUGUACAUACCUUUGAAUGCAAUGUAAAUGGUAACAAUUAGAAUAAAGUACAAAUAGUAAUAUUUUAAUAUAAAAAAUGUAUUCUUGAGUAUAAAUGUGUGUAUUUGUACAGGCCUGGGGCCUCAUUUAUAAAAACUGUGCGUAGAAUCCUUACUAAAAUUGCAUGUGCGGCCGAAAGCCAAAAAUGUCGUAUGCAUAAAAUAUUCAGAUUUGAUGAGUUUGUAGAACACCAGACGACAAAAGACAAGAGACCAUUCUUCCAUAUAGAAUCUCUCCAGAACCUUCACAUUUCUAGGUCCAUGUUGGUUUCUCUUCUCUUCAGUUUUCUAUAGGGUUCAGUGCUAAAAAAAAUAUUAAUAUGAAUGGGAUUAUACUUCAUAGAUAUUUUACUCAAAAGAAAUUCUAUGUGUAGGCUACCAAUAAUUGUGUACCAAUAAUCUUUUGAUUUUUGAAUGAAAUAUCCAAAGGAUAACAAUACAGAUUUAUUUUCAUAGCCAAUCAUUCUGACCAUGACUGUAUAUUUGACAAAAAUAACACCAUUCAGUUGCAUUUGAUCUUUUUUCCACCUUGGUUUAAUGUGUUAAAUCUCAUAAAAGAGUUUCACAUUUGAAACAAAAUAUUGGCUUUAUACAGUCUGUAAAACUCAAAUUAUUUUACACUAUAUACAAAACAUGUGCAUCACAUUUCAUGAGAGAAUUAUGCUGUAGUGAACAUGGAGUAGUUGAACACACGCUCUGUACUCAAAGCAUCCAAUAUCACAUUUGUGACUCUUUCAAACAUACCGAGUAAAGGUUACUGGAGAUUAGGCUCAGACAUGGUUUCAUUCGGUAUCAAAAUCAGAAUCAUGGACCAUGUGACAAGACCAUUAAAAAUGCUGUUAGGGAGACACUCUAUUUGAAGUGAUGUUUUCUUAUUUAUAAUGGUUUUAAAUGCAUGUUAGAGGUAGAGGCGACAUGCUAAAUUUGCGCAUUCAACUAAACAAAACAUGAUUUUGUUAUUUUGGAACAAAAAAGGAACAGAUAGGACACCAUACAAACUGAUGCUAGAAAGCUUUACAGACAGCUACAUUCUAGAAAGAGCUCUUUUUCUGACUUCCCCCUUCAUAUUUACACAUACUGCAUUCAUAAGACAUCGUUAUCUCUAAUCGGUUUUCAGUCUGAUAAAUAGGUUUUCUUUGCCUGUUAUACUCUACUAUUGACAUCACAGCCUGUAAGUGCGCAGACGUCACUCAUUAACACACGC